CUCAAUGAUCGACGCCAUCUUGUUUAUUUUCAUUCGUGAUGAGCAUUGUAGACCGCUCAUGAUUUUCUACUUGUGAAUCCCCGUCACGGGGAUAUUCAGCAGACAUAGGGCGGAUUGUGAGUAAACAGGCAAAGGUGACCGUCCCGUCUAAAAGCCCAUCAAGCCCCGGGCGAGAUCACAACAGAACGGUCACUUUAAACGACUCCAAAAACACCAUGAACAAUCAUGUGAAUGAUGGAACAGAACAGCAAGAUGUGGAAAUGGACAACGCUUCUAAAGAGGGUUCGACAGAGGAGGGUAAGGAGGGAGCAGUUGAAAGUAACUUGACCACAGUGAAUGGAGACAUACAAGGGAUAGGGGCCACCAACCACCAGGACAAUGAAGAAGACCAACAGAUGGAUGAGGAUGAAAGCAGAGCAGAGGCUACAUUUUCCUUCAUAGUUGACAAUAUCAGUAAGCUGAAGGAGACGACUCUAAGUCCUCUCUGCAUGAUCAGGAAUUUACCAUGGAAAAUCAUGAUAAUGCCAAGAUUUAGCCAAAAUCCAGAGAGACACAAUCAGAAAACACUAGGAUUCUUUGUGCAAUGUAAUGGAGACUCGGAUUCAGCGUCCUGGUCAUGCAAUGCUUCAGCAACACUGAAAAUACUCAACCACAACACAGAUGGGGAAAACUUUAGUAGAAAAAUCCAGCAUUCUUUUUACAACAAGGAGAAUGAUUGGGGUUACAGUCAUUUCAUGGCCUGGAAUGAGCUUAUGGAUCCCAGUCGGGGGUUUGUCAAGGAUGACAAGAUUUCACUAGAGGUCUAUGUCAAAGCAGAUGCCCCUCAUGGUGUCAGUUGGGACUCCAAAAAGCACACAGGUUUUGUUGGCUUGAAGAACCAGGGUGCCACUUGCUACAUGAAUUCUCUUCUCCAGACUCUCUACUUUACAAACAGGUUACGGAAGGCUGUGUACCAGAUGCCAACAGAGAGUGAUGACUCGACCAAGAGUGUACCUCUCGCCCUGCAGAGAGUCUUCUAUGAACUCCAAUAUAGUGAUAAACCAGUAGGCACAAAGAAACUUACAAAAUCAUUUGGCUGGGAAACAUUUGAUACCUUCAUGCAACAUGACGUUCAAGAGUUGUGCAGAGUGUUGUUGGAGAAUAUGGAGAGCAAGAUGAAAGGAACUGUAGUGGAUCAAACCAUACCAAGAUUGUUUGAAGGGAAAAUGCUUUCAUACAUUCGUUGCAAACAUGUGAAUUGCACUUCUCGGAAGGUUGAAGCAUUUUAUGACAUUCAGCUAAACCUGAAAGGAAAGAAAAACGUGAUGGAGUCUUUUGAGGACUACGUGAAAGUGGAGACACUAGAUGGAGAAAAUAAAUAUGAUGCUGGGGAGUUUGGACUUCAGGAGUCAGAGAAAGGUGUGAUAUUUGUCAGUUUCCCUCCAGUCCUCCACUUACACCUACUGCGAUUCAUGUAUGACCCCAUGUCUGAUGCCUAUGUCAAGAUCAACGAUAGAUUUGAAUUUCCUGAGCGGUUAGAACUGGACCAAUUUCUACAUGAGAAAGAAAAGACUCCUGCCUCUUACAUUCUGCAUGCUGUGCUUGUACAUAGUGGCGACAACCAUGGGGGCCACUAUGUUGUAUAUAUUAACCCAAAAUGUGAUGAAAAAUGGUGCAAAUUUGAUGAUGAUGUCGUGUCCAGGUGUACAAAACAAGAGGCCGUUGAUAAAAAUUUUGGUGGACAUGAUGACGAGAUUUCUGUAAAACACUGUACAAAUGCAUAUAUGUUGGUGUAUAUACGAGAGAGUUGUAUAAAUGAGUCUUUACAUGUUAUGAGUGAGUCAGAUAUUCCACAAUGCUUAAUUGAUAGACUAGCAGAAGAAAGACGUAUGGAAGUGCAAAAGAGAAAAGAGAGAACAGAGGCACACUUGUAUAUGAAUGUUCAGGUUGUGACAGAGGACCAUUUUUAUGGUCACCAAGGCAAUGAUCUCAUGGAUCUGGAGAAAGCCAACUUUAGCAGAAAGUUCAAGGUUAAGAAAACAUCAUCGCUGUUAGAAUUUAUGGAAAUGCUUGCAGAAAAUUUGAAAUAUCCUGUAAACCAGUUGCGACCAUGGCCGUUCCAGUGUCGACAGAACCAGACUUACAGACCAACACUCGUAGACGUGGAAUCAAACCUUCAGAAAACGAUACAAGAUGUAGCGGACAAUGAAACUCCUUGGACACUGUUUGUUGAAACACUAAACCCAGAGAGUGGUCUUCAGGCUCUUCCUAGUUUUGAUAAAGAAAGUGAUGUGCUUAUCUUUCUGAAACUGUAUGACCCAAGAUCAAAGACUAUAUCCUACUGUGGUCACACCUAUGUCCCAAUCUCCGCCAAGACAUCUGAGCUGUUGCCAGACCUAUGUAGGAGAGCAGGUUUUCCAGUGGGCACACCCUUAUUAUUGUUUGAGGAGGUGAAGCCAAAUAUGUUGGAAAAGCUUGAAGACUAUGACCUGCCAAUAGAGAAGAUGUUGGAUGAACUGAUGGAUGGUGACAUCAUCGUGUUCCAGAGAGAGGAAGCAGACUUCCAACAAUACCAACUACCGUCCGCUAGGGACUACUUCAAGGAUCUGUAUUAUAGAGUAGACGUUACUUUCUGUGAUAAAACUUUACCAAAUGACGAAGGCUUCAUGCUUGACUUGUCUAUGAGGAUGAACUAUGACCAGAUGGCCAACGCUGUAGCACAGUACCUUGGAACUGACCCCUACCUUCUUCAGUUCUUCAAACCACAGAGCUACAGAGAAGGCCCUGGCAAUGCCAUCAGAUGUACGUUUGAGGGGAAUUUAAAAGAUCUUCUUCUCUACGCUAAACCAAGGCAGCCUCGGAAACUUUACUAUCAACAUUUAAACAUUAGGAUUAAUGAACUAGAAAACAAGAAGCAAUUCAAAUGUACGUGGGUGAAUAGCAAGAUGAAGGAAGAGAAAGAACUAGUCCUAUAUCCAAACAAGAAUGGCAAUGUGGGGGAUCUUCUAGAAGAGGCAAAGAAGCAAGCAGAGCUAUCUGAGGAUGGUUCUGGUAAACUCAGGCUGUUGGAGGUGAUCAGCUACAAGAUCUACACCAUACAGAGAGAGGAAGCCUUUUUGGAUGCCCUCAAUCCAGCUGGUGCAACAAAAAGUUACCGAAUUGAAGAAUUACCAAAAGAUGAGGUGCGGCUUGGAGACGAUGAAACACUCAUUCCGGUAGCACAUUUCCACAAGGAAGUCUUCUCAACAUUUGGAGUCCCAUUCUUACUAAAGAUUAAACAGAGUGAGCCCUUCUCAGCAGUGAAAGAAAGAAUCCAACGCAAAAUGGAUAUUCCAGAGAAAGAGUUUGAAAAGUACAAGUUUGCAGUGGUGGUGAUGGGAAGAGUGGAGUACAUAUCAGAUGAUGACCAGGAUAUGAGAGUAGAUCUGACUGUAUUCAAACCUCACGCUAUACAAGGUGCAAACAUGCAAGCCAGACCAUGGCUUGGCUUGGACCAUGUCAACAAAACACCAAAAAGGUCUAGAUAUGCCUAUCUGGAGAAAGCUAUCAAGAUUCACAACUAGAUUUCAGUGUUUGGAUUCUUGAUCAUUUUUAUCGUUUUUUCACUGCUAUCUGUGGACUUGCAGCAGAAUUGAAGAAUGCAGUCAGGAGAUAGUAGUGAAGCUUGAAAGCAAGAUGCAAUGUAAGCCCUGACAAAGCUUGUGUGGUGUGCUGGUCAUCCACAGAGAGGAAGGCCCCGGGAACGCCCAGGGGAGAGCAGGCUCCAGGAUUGUCUAAGGGAUGAAGGAAAAGAGCUGUCCCAUUUUAUUCUGUCUCACAAUUAGCUGAACUAGGAAACAUACAUAAUGCAAUCCUGACCUUACCUGGUGUGAGAUGAGAGAGGAGUUAACAUGGAACAUUGUGUGUAGGCAAUUGGUACACCUAUGUUUAGGUGUACUCCAUCCUGGUUAGAAAUGUUCAGCAAAUCCUACUAAAUGGAUUUCCCAAAUCUUCAAACUUGCACAUAGAGUUGCAUAUUGAUUUGUGGGAUUUAACACAGAUUUGUUAUGAAGCACUGAUAUCCAAUAUAAUAUCUUCUUUGACAGAAUAAUUUAUAUAAAAUAGAAACAAAUUCAUUCCAUUUUAUUGUAAAUUGAUAUUCAAAUGAAAUACUCGUCCCUGUAGCACAUGUAUACCUCCAUCACUACAUGUAAGUCCUAGUCAAAUAGACCAGCCUAUAAUAAGCACUGUACUGAUUUCUGACAACACAUUCUGAAAUUCACAUUUUGAUGACUUAAUUGGCAGACCUCUUGAAUAUUGUGGUUAAAGACAUAAGAAUAUGCAAAUCAAACUAAGCUUGUUAAAUACUUGUUAUGUUUAUACCGAUAAUGUGGAUUAAGCUAUCUUCUGCUUCAGGUGACUAAAUAUCAUGUAAUGGAUUGCUACGAGUAAACCAGUUGAAUAUGUAUUACAUUGAUGUGGUGUGCAAUACUAGAUAACAGGCUAAACCAACCCCUCUCUCCCAGUAAAAAUGUGUUCCCUUGUGAUGAUACUUUGAUUUUGGGUUGGAUGUCAUGUGCUAUGUCCCAAAUUUGAAAUUUAUAAACAUUUGAUAGUGGCUAACACUGUAAAUGUGACACAGAUAAACAUCAGAACUGAUGCAAGGUUUCCUGUUGUACCAGUGCCUGUACUGAAGCUGAAAAUUAUCAAUCCAACCCACCAACCAUUGAUAGAUCUCAGAAAGUCUCUCAACUAGUUCUUCAUGGUGAUACAACUGAUGCACGCAUCAGUUUAGGCUGUAAGAAAUACAUUUUUAUCGUUUAUGUCUGUUGUUUUACUUUUAAAUUUUAGAUAGUAUGUAAAGAUUCUGAAAAUUUCACUGACAUGUAUAUUCUAAUCAAGCAUACUUACAAUUGUGAAAGGGCAUAUUCGUUUUUUUCCCGCAAAAGAUUUGAAUUGUUAGUGAGACAGUGAGUCAUGCUUGAAUAAAUGUUAUGUAAUUAAAGAUUGAAAACAUAUUGGCCUUUGUCAGUAUUAUGUGCAUAGUGUGCCAUUUCAACAUCUUAUAUAGGGGGAUAGGUGGAGAAGACAUUCAUUAUGGAACAAUAGAUCUUACCUUUUGCUUUUUGCAAUUGUUUUUUUCUCUUUUAUAGUUUGUCUCCUAGUCGAUCAAGGCUAUUCUUGUAAAACAUCUCUCCCAUCCCAGGACUCGAUGUUUUGUUUUGAGGUACUACCCAUAGAAUGAAAUUAAUCAAUGAAGUAACAGGCAACCAUUCAUAGAAGUGAUAUAUUUGAAGUCCAGGGUUCAGGUAGAUUUUUUAAUGGAAUCGUUCUUCAAUUGCUUUUUCUUUCUCGUUUUAAAUUGGAGUUUUGUAUUUAUAAAGGGAAUGGAAACCCCCCCCCACAAAAAUGCCUACAUGUGCUAAUUAAAUACCUCAGUUUUAGAAUUUUCCUUAAAAAUGUAUUAACAGAUAGCAGUUCAGCAUUCUUGUCAAAUGUCAUCAAUAUUAAUUAUGUUUUCAUCAUUACCACCCUGAUGAUAUUUCAUGUUAGUUAUGUCCUUAACAAAUGGAAGAUUGAAUUUGAAGAUCAAAUCUAAAUGUGUACCAAUAUUUAAUAUGUGACUAUUUAGAUCUCCAUAUGUGUAGUGAGAUUUAACAUGUAUGUAGAUCAGCAGUGAAAGAACGUUAACUAAAGCAGUUAUAUGUCAUCUUGUAAGAUAUUAAUUUGAAUUUGAAUGUCUUGUAACAUAUUAAUAGAAGCAGUGUUUGAUACCAGCCAUAAGGACUUCCCAGUGUGAUUUUACUUGUCAUUUAUUUCUCUACAAAAUGUCAUGGUCUGCUGGUACUUUAAUCUUAGAUCAAUUUGUCUUGUAUUCACUGUACUAAUAUUUAUGACAACUAUGAGAUUUUGUGAGGAAGUUUGGUGUUAUUGGGUAAGCUAGACCUCCAUCCACUUACAAUGAAACCUGUGUAAUCGGAAAAACUGGUCAGGACAAAAUCUAUUCAUGUUUUAGGCUGGUCAGUCUAAACAUUUGAUAGAGGUUUCCUAGCAGGUUAUGGUUAGUGAUAAGGUACCCAUUUAAGUAAAUUCAAUAACCAUCUAGGUUUCCAGUGUUUGUGAACAUUUGAUGUUACCUACAUCUCUGUUACAAAGAUGAUGUCAUCAUGGAUACCAUCACAAAGCAUUGUAACAUGACACCAUAAUCAGCAAUCAAUGGUUUUAUUUCCAUUGAUUGGGGUUUAGCACCCUUGCAACAGCUAGUCAUAUGAAGAUAGGCCAAUGAAAAAUGCUUCUAGAGUGUGAACACAUGCAUGGGAAAGGUUUAACAAGCACAGGAUGUUCCAUAUGAAUUGGGAGUGAGAGGUCACAGUGAUAAACUUUUCUUUUAUCACUUUUAUAGGUUUUCUAUAAACAGGCAUGGUAUUACAUACGCUGUGUAACCCAUAUGCAUUAGUAACAUGUUGGGCACAUAUUCAAUGGUUAUUGCUUUACAAAUUACAUGAUGUAGGUAAAUGAUGCAGGUAGUCUGUUCAGGGCUAUCCAGGUAGAUCAGACCUCUUUUUAUCAGUAACAAAAGGUUAAUGGGACUAAAGAUGGUCCCCUUUUAUAUACAUUUGUAGUAGUGUAAUGAAAUGAUACAGUUUAACUACUGGGUACCAGGUUUCAAGAUUGCAUGUUGAUGUAAUUAUGUAUGACUGUUUGAAAUAGGAGAGUAUAGUUGUUGGGUUUCAUUUUGAUUCAGUUUGAAUUGUUUGACUAAAGUAAAAUCAAAUGACUUAUUGAAAAUAUCAACCGAUAUCUAUGCAGAUUGAAGAAGAAGUUUAAAGUCAUUCGCAUUGUCACUCUGGAACUUAUUAUCAUAUAAACUUUUGUGAUAUUUGGUAGAUAGUAGGUAGAUAUAUCAUGCUAACAAAGAUAACAAAUUAGGUGAUGUUUAAAACUUUCAUCAUAACCACCCUGAUGAUAUUUCAUGUUAGUUAUGUCCUUAACAAAUGGAAGAUUGAAUUUGAAGAUCAAAUCCAAAUGUGUACCAUGAUUUAUUCUGGCUAUUUCAUUAGGAUUAAAAUAAAUUUGUAAAAAGAAGAAAACUGUUUUAAGAUACAGUGUAAUUGAACAGUAGCAAUGUAGCUACUAAUGUAAUGAUUUUAAGGUUUUGUUGGAAUUUGUUUUCAUUUCUUGACAGAUAAUGAUAUUCAGAUUUUUUGUUAAUUUUUCAGGUUGAAAUAUUUUCAUUUAAUAUUACUGUCAAUAUGUGUUUUUUUUAUUUCUUUAAAGCUUCAUUAAGGUUUUCAAGUACCUUUAUUAAAUUAUUGUGCAGGGCCCGUGUUAACAUAUCUGCAGAGCAACGACAGUAUAUACUCUAUACAAAAUACUAGGUGACAAACUGUUAAAGUUUACCAGUAUAUCUAGAGAAUGAUCAGAAGAAUCUCUUCAAUAAUAAGGCCCAAGUAUUACUAAACGUUAUCUACAGUUAAGUGCUAGGAUUUAUAAUUCAUUACACAGUCCCAGUUUAACUGAAAUUUAACAAAUGUUUGCAGUAUAGUGAUAGGAUUCGAUUUAUACUUCAAUACUAGGAUCCAAUCAUACCUAAAAGUUAACUAGUAUAACUGCAGAAGAAUGACAGGAUUUAUACUUCAAUACUAGGAUCCAACCAUACCUAAAAGUUUACAAGUAUAACUGCAGAAGAAUGACAGGAUUUAUAUUUCAAUACCAAGUCACAUUUUAGUAUAACUGAAAGUUUACAAGUAGAUUUAAACUUCAAUAUUAGGACCCAACCAUAACCACAGAAUAAUGAUAGAAUUUAUACUUUGAUAUAUGGCCCCAGGAUUUUCAAAGAAUUUAUGACUGAUUUUUCAACUUCAACUUUCAACUUUAAUUUAGGUUCCUAUUGAUUAUGUGCAUUAAGUCGCAUUUAGCACUGUGGUUAUAUUGCAGCCAAAGAGGAAUCAAACUUUCCAUUAACACUACUAAUAAACCAGCUUCAAAACAUCAGUGCUAGUUUUGUUCUUAGCUUCAGCCUAUCAUGAAUAGCUGUUCUAAAACUUUCACAAGACAUCCUUUUCAAAGCCACCAAAAUCAAGGGUACAGCAGUGAUGUAGGAUUGUUAACAAAAAACAUUGAUAACAACGGCCAUGGACCUACUACAAAUCCAGGUAGGUGGUAGCCGAGAAGGAACCUAAUAUGGUUACUGUAGUGGCUGAGCUUUCAGACCUGUUGUGGAUACACAAUUUCCCUUUUCACUUUAGUGAUACAGAGUUAAUGUAUACAUUUUGAAAACUAAAAUGAAUAAGUAUCACUGAAUGCUCAGUUGAAUUUAUGGAGACUGUAUAUAAACAGCCAAGAGUUUUAUGGAGACUGUAUAUAUACAGCCAAGUGUUUUAUGGAGACUGUAUAUAUACAGCCAAGUGUUUUAUGGAGACGGUAUAUAUACAGCCAGGCGUUUUAUGAUGAAAACUUUUGAAUAUAAAGAAAACAAACCAACUAUCAUUUUCAGGUAAAAAUAUUGUGUAUAUUCUCCACCAACCCUACAGUACUAUGAGAAAGAAGUGCUACUGUAUGCAUAAAAUGAAGGUGUAUAGAUUACUAUAAUAUGCUGGUGCUUGUGGUGGAUAUAGGUUUGUCAGCUGGUGGUCCUACAUGUGUAGACUACAUUGAUACACUUGUAUAUUGGCCACAUUGUUUGUGCUGACCACUAUCUGUCCUACCACCUCCAUAACUGCAGUCUGCAUUGGAAUACUAAAGUACAGAACAUCAUGAGUUAUAAGGAAGGGUAAUUGAAAUGUGAACGCUAAAAGGAGACUCGCAUCAUGCUGUUACAAUAACUGCUAUUCAUUUGAGUUCCCAAACUUCAAUCUUGUUUACUGCAAGUUGUCUCCAUUAGUACCAGUCAGGAUUAACACAAUGUAUACAGUUAAAAGUUUGCUUGGUGUACAUGUUUCUUUAGAAUACCUACCGGUAUGUGUGGGGCGCACUACUGCAAUCUAAAAAAGGCUUAUGAUUUUGUGUAGUAUAGUACCCAAACAUCAGUUUUGGUAUUAAAACUGUGUACACUUAUAUCUGUAUGCAUGGUCCUGUGUACAUUACAACUGGUAUACAUCAGUCCUGGUAUAAAACUGGAGUUUCAAUCUGUAUGUAUGUUUCUGUGUAUUGUAUACUUUAUUCCAUACAUCAGCUUUGAUAACUUGUGUACGUAUUCACACAAUGCAAUACAAAAAACCUGUCGCAGUGAUGAAGAAGUUGUCAAUAUUCAUCAAAAUCAAAUAAAUAGAUUUUGAAAUGUACAUGUGCUAAUCAUUUUGUGUUAUUACAUGUGAACUAGUUUUAAUUUCUUUCCAUUUCUGUAAGUUUAUAAACAGAUAUUGACUGGCGUUUCUCUCCAUUAUCGUGUUGUCAUGACAAUGCAUGAGUCUUCAUGUUCUUUAAAUGUACAGUCAACAAUGGCUGCUAGAUAUGUUAUAUCAUCAACAAUAAAAGUAAAACAUGCAA